AUGGGGGAUUCUUCUCUGAAUCGGCGGGAUACUUCACCCACGCCAUCCUCAACCCUCCAACGAGAUUCGUCGAAUUCGAGCAUACUCUCCAAAUUCCCCUUUUUAAGAACAUCCCCUGAAAAACGACACGAGCAAACGAGCCAUGCAAUCGACGACAACACCAAUGCUGUUGCUUCCCGCCCCGCUGCACGACCAUCUGCGAGCGUAAUACAGUACCAAAGAACAAGAAGACGGCGGGGAUCCCUCCGAAAAGCUGCGCUGCUUGGUCGAGGAGCGCAACGUGAGCGGAGGGAGAGCCGCCCCUUGGUCAUUGAUACUUCGCAUGCCGCACAAUAUGUGCUCGACCCGACAGCUUCUCAGACAGAAAGCCCGUCGUCAAUAGAAUCAUUGGAUUUGAACGCUACAUCGGAGGGUUCACAGCGCACGCUGGUCAAUGGGUUUGCACCUCUCCCUGGAGGGCUCGGUUUAGCACCCGUACAUCCCCAGACGGGAACGGCACUGAAAACUACGGCUCGUCCAACAGCCGCUACAGAUCAAGAUGGGGCAUCUUACACUUCUACGGAUGAAGAGGACAUGCUUCAAAUACCGAGGAGUUCGUCGACGCUACGACAGGGCUUGUCAAUGUCAUCAGGACCAGACUCGUACUUCAAUAGUCUGGGUUCGACAUCAUCACACCAACGAAGACGGCUCACAAACCGAGCAAAAUCACCGUUGUCGUUCAGCGGGCUCCCUUCCAAUACGUUGCCAGCUCAUGAAGAUUGGGACUACGCAGAGACAGAAUGGUGGGGUUGGGUUGUGCUAUGCGUAACGUGGUUCGUGUUUGUUGUUGGGAUGGGAUCCUGUCUCGAUCUCUGGAGCUGGGCAUGGGAUGUGGGCAAGACGCCAUAUGCACCGCCAGAGUUUGAAGACGAUGACACUCUACCAAUUGUGGGAUACUACCCUGCGUUGAUCAUUCUCACGGGCGUUAUGGCGUGGGUAUGGGUUGUUGUAGCUUGGGUUGGUAUGAAGUAUUUUCGGCACGCCAAAAUUAGUGGCGACUAA